AUGGGAACGGAAAAUAUGGGUUCUGAGAGGGAUCUGCUUCCAAUCGUCAUUAUAAAUGUUAUUUUGAUACUGAUCAUAGCAACUGCGGUGUUUGGAAACGUUCUUGUUUGCGUGGCCGUUUACAGAAGCCGGGCUCUUCGCAAUCAGGUUUCUAACUUGUUUAUCGUCAACCUAGCGCUGACGGAUUGCUGUAACGCCGUGCUAGUGAUGCCCGCAUCGCUCGCAUCCACGAUCACCAACAGGUGGGUGUUCUCAUCAGAAUGGUGCAACGGAGUUUGUUUUCUAAAUUAUUGUUUCAUUAUCGUCUCGAUGUGCACGCUCGGAUUAAUCUCGCUGGAUAGAUAUUUCGCCGUUGCACAGCCCUUACAUUAUCAGACUAUAGUUACCAGAGUGAGGGCGUGCGUGUUUAUCGCUUCUACGUGGGUGCUGGGGUUUAUUUUUGCAUCCCCGCCGGUAUUCAUGAACUGGAUCUGGUACGAUAAUUUUGAGGUCGUCUGCGCUAUUAACUGGGAGGAAAACAACGACCAAGUGGUAAUUUACACGCUUUCCGCAUUUGCAAUCUGUUUCUGUGUUCCCGCCAUUGUCAUGAUGUUCUCAUAUUACGGGAUAUAUAAAAUCGCGAGGAAACACAGUCGUCUCAUUGCGGCUGAAAACGAUCGAAUGGCCGCAGUUGCAGAGAAAAUUGACCAGGACAAACAAGUCUCUCAAAUAGAUUCGCAAGUACAACUUACUAAUAGCAGUCAUCUAUCAGACUCUGGAAAAAACACUGGAAAGCAAGAAAGAAACAACAAGAAACAAUCACCGCGUAAAGGAAAAGCCACAAGAACUAUCGUAACGAUGGUGGCCGUAUUCUUCAUUUGUCUAACGCCGUUCUGUAUAACCAAAGUGCUAAAAGCGGUAUAUAAAGACAACGGCGUCGUCGGGAUGUGGGUAAACACGCUGGCUACUCUGCUUGCUUAUUUUAACUCGUGUUGCAACCCUAUAAUUUAUUCGAUAACACGACGCGACUUUCGUCGUGCUUUCAUGGUCACUUUACGUUGCCUGAGGAAAUAUGGUAAAACACCCAAUGAAGUAACAGUUUUCAACAUAUCUGUUUUUCGAGACAAUGAGUGA